CGUAUCAAGGUAGGACACGACUUAUAACAUUUUGCUCUUCCUAUUUUUCCAGGUUUAUCCAAAAAAAUGAUACUUGACCACUCCGUUGAUUUUUUUUGGUUCGGUAAAGCUUAUUUGUCUACUUGACAUCUAAACCUGUACCGCCAAUGCGUUGUAGGUAAUUUUGAUUAUGUGCUAAUGGUUGAUAAACUGGCUGUAGGCUACUUGCUCUGUACCUGUUCUGUUUCUAUUCAGUCGAGGUUGACUAUGCUCUGUGAUACGUUUCGUCAAUGCUUCACGUGGUUUGGUGUAGAUUUGAUAUGUAGGUAAAUGACCUCUUCGUGUUAGUUAAUUUUCUCAGUUGAUUUUGUCAAACAAACAUCCUCUCUGUCGCCCUCUUGUGGGAAGAAUGUUAGAUGCUUGUUUGUGGCCCUGCGUUAAACUUGCCAUGGUAUAUUUAUCCAUUUAUCUGUGUCCGAGUUCAACCUUUACUCAGUUGCAUUGUGUGUGUUGACGACCACAUAUUCUUUACAUUUCGUGCUUCUUCUUUUUUAAUGCUUAUUUCAUCUUCAAACUUGAUUUAAAGCUUGCUGUGGCCUGUAUGAUUAACAUGUUAAUGUUGGCUAUUUACUCUUACAUAAGCAUUCAAUUAAUAGACUAUGCAUGAUGUGCACACAACUCUUUUUAUGCCAAAAUCGUGCUAAGCUUGUUUUGGUGUUCUAACGGUUGGGGCGUAAUUAGUCUAUAUUUGCCACUUGUGUUGGCUUUGUUAUAAAAAGCUGUUGUUCAUCUAUACGCUAUUGUAUUAUGUAGAAUGUUUUUGUUUAAGCUUCUUAUUUAGACACAUGAAAUCGGCCUGGGUCCUUUUUAAAUAAAAAUAGUUUACGUGAUGAUAGUUCACAUUUCCUCGCUUGACGCGCACAGCCGGUGAUCCCUGCAUGGUGCUAGUGUCUAAACGGGCCAGCAGGGAGCAGUGCCCUACCUUUGUUUCGCCUGCAUGCUCCGGCUUCAAACCACAUCACACGUUUGGCUAUCACAUUAGAGUCUACUGUUACAACGUUGUCCAUAAUGCGUGUAAGGUUGUACAAACGUGUUGGGUUUUUUUUUUUCAGAAAAAUAUAUUUACCAUACACAUUAUUACCAAACACAAUAAGUAGCCUCCAUAAAUUCACAACCAAAACGCAUGGAACAGUUCACACACGCUCUCUGACCAACGUGACGUAGUCACACUUGGAAGGUUAUUCGGUUUGCCAGCAAGGCAGAGAUAUAAUUACACACGUGCUGCGUUUCUUCAUCAACUCAACCGGACAGAGAAUAUGUUGAAAUAAGCGACGAAUCCAUAGCAAAGCCUGAACUGUUCGUGUCAGCCAGUCUUGGCCGCAGCUUGGCGCGCACUGCUGCAGGUUGCCCUAUGCAGUUUCGUGUCGUCGCUUUUCAAAUAUCAGAAGUGUAUCACAUAUACUUUUAUUUUUUACUUUGCUUAUAUUCACUAGUGCGUUUAAAUAAAGUGUCAAAUACGAUAGGAGUAUGUGGAGCCUCAGAUGACAUUGCUAUCACUAGGCUAAGGCAUAUGAUGCACUGUAUUUUUCUAACCUACACGUUUUUGUACUUGUGCUAUGUUAAGUUAUAUUAUUAUCGAUAAUAAUUUAAAUAGUAAUGAUAAAGAAUAGCUUAUACUGAUACUAAUGAUAUAAUAACACUAUUAAUCAUUAUAAUAAUACUCAUUUUUAUUUUUAUAUUUCUUCAAUUUUACCGACAAGGAGACAUCGUAUUGAAUCUGAUAGGACCCCUUAUUAACAUGUUGGUUGAAAGCAUUGUAUUGCUCUGAAUCAAUAGACAUGGGAAAUCUUAUAAUCACAACAUUUUAAACGUAUACGUUUAUAAACAAAACUAAAUGUAGGCGAAAUAAUUAGUGUAGCUCAGCUACACUACGAUAAGAAAAAAUGUUUGGUUUUUGCUUGCUUAAAUAUCUUAGCAUUAAUGGUAAGAAAGCAUCUUCAAAAAAUAUUUCUGCUUCUAUUAUUUAAUAAUUGCCUAUUCAACGUUCAUUGUUCUUAUUUUAUUAAAAACCUAACGACUUAAGUGUAAGUGCAGCAUUUAUGGGAAAAUUAAGUUUUUCCACUUUUGUAGUGCUUCCUCUGAAUCUAGGCAUCUUAUCUAGUGGAAGACGAUGUUUCCACUUUCUUUUUGAUAAAAAACGUUAUUAUCCUGGUAUAGGCUAUAUAUUUUUAUUCUCAGAAAAUUAAAAUAGCGACAUAUCUGUAUUUUUUCUUUAAUUGAAUAUGGAAUAUACUGAUCUUAAUCUGCUUGCACUCCCAGCAUGUCACUCGUAUUGUUUGGAAAGCCAUUACUUGUGCCGCAAUGAUCGUUAACCUCUGAAUGACCCCGUUUGAAGCCAACGCCUCUAAAAAUGACGCAUUCGCGUAGUUCCCCAGUUCUGCCAGACGAUGGUGCACGGACACAAUUCAGAUCACCGAUUUCGAGCUCCAGAGAACCAAACUCAGACGCGCGUCGUUGCGCGUACCCUUUUCAUCCCACCCAUAUUUUCCACCGUGCACGAGUUUACCUCUGGAGGUCAUCAAGCAGGAUUUACGACUGGUCAACAAAAGCACGUGAUUCUAAGCCGUACCCCAUAUUUGGGUGUCUACGUAAGAGAGAAUCAAGUACAUGUCCUACUCAUUUCCAUAAUUCAUCAUAAAUUGUGCAGGGGUGCUUUAGAACGCGCUAAACCAUCAAGAGCCACAAAUCAAGUACGUACGUUUAUUGUAUUUCUAAAAUAUAAAAGAAACUAUACUUAAAACGAACAACCGUGGAUUGUCAACAAAUGAGCUCCUAUUUUGUGAACUCAUUCUGCGGACGUUACCCCAACGGCGCGGACUUUCAGUUACAUAAUUAUGGAGAUCAUAGUUCGACAAACGAGCAAUACAGGGACUCAACAGCCACCAUGCAUUCCAGUAGGUAUGGCUAUGGCUACAACGGGAUGGACCUGACCGUCGGGCGGGCAGGACACUUUUUGGGCAACGAGCGAUCGCAAGGCUACUCCCCGAACCAUUCGGCGGCCACCACGUCCUCUGUCGAGCAAGUCAGGUACACUCAAACCGCCAACAGCACUGGGACCUCUUCGCUGUCCCCUCCACCUGACCCUCUUCCGUGCUCUUCGAUCGCGAGCUUGUCCCCGGUCACCGAGCCUCAGCAGCAGCAGGUUCAGCACCGAGCCAUCAAAAACUCCAUCGCCAGCGCGUGUCCAACGCCGUGUUCCAACUCGAAUGGCGGCGCGAUGCUGAACCGGGCUGACUGUGCAGCCAAAGCCAUGCCCCUGGAGGAGGACAAGCCCGCGGGAAGCGCACAGACAACUUCCCAAAAUGCCACCGACUCAACCCAACCUCAGAUCUAUCCGUGGAUGAGGAAACUACAUAUAAGUCAUGAUAUGUCUGGUCCAGAAGGGAAGAGGGCGAGAACUGCGUACACCCGGUACCAGACCCUGGAGUUGGAGAAAGAGUUUCACUUCAACCGGUACCUGACGCGCAGACGGAGGAUCGAGAUCGCCCAUGCCCUCUGCCUCUCUGAGCGGCAGAUCAAGAUCUGGUUCCAGAACCGGCGGAUGAAGUGGAAGAAAGACAACAAGCUCAAGAGCAUGAGCAUGGCAGCAGCUGGUGGCGGAGGCUACCGGCCUUGAUAUUGUGUCAAAGGAUAGCACCCACAAAGAGAAGGUUCUGGAAAGUUCUGUUCUUGUAUCAUUCCCCCCAUGCAAAUUGUGCGAGAGACUUCUUGGACUUCUUGGUUGGGGCCGUGGGGCCCCUCGCAUGCCAAUGACGGGCCCUCUAUUACUUCCGAUACAAUUAUUAUACGUUUUUCCUAUUUUGGACCGUGUUUAUGAUUGUGUAAGUAAUAAUGAUGUACAGUUCUGUUUAGAGUUAGAGGAAAGCGCAAAAAUAAAAUACACGUGUAACUUAUUCCUUCUUGAGAAAGAAUUCAAUACAGUCAUUUAAAAAAUGUUGUGUCGCAAAAAAGCCAGUACAAAUAUGUGUAAUGUCGCCUAUACCAGAACAAAAACAGCCGAAUAAAAUAAAUACAUUGGUAUGAACUCUAGCUGCCAUUAUGUUUAGCCUUUUGUUUUAUAUGUAUGUAAGUAUGUAUGUAUGUAUUUAUUUAAUUGAUGUAUUGUACCGAACAGUUAACUUGCUUCUAGACCAACAACGUAAACCUUGUGUGGUUAUUCUGUGCGUUGUGAGCCGUGUAAGGGCAGACGUCCCAAUCAAAUGUUGUAUGUAGCUCUGCCUUGUAUUCUCCUUUCUGCACGGGCUGCUACUUUGUUUUGCAUUAUUCGCCUCUCGCAGCAUCUUAGUAUAAUGUGCUUGUCUUUGUUUUAUAUAUAUUUUAUAUGUUGACGGUCCCGCGGAGACCCCCGAAUUGCAUUAAGUGUAUAGUGCCAUCGUGAUAAACCUUUUUGUAAAUGUUUUUAAAUGACUGGAAGUCGAGAAAAUACUAUAACGAUGAUGAUGGGGAUUAUAAUAAACUUUCUACUGGAACGGAAACACCAGACUGCAUGGUUAUUGAAAAAAGAUAUGGGCAUAUGUGUGUGUCUAUAUAUAGGCCUAUAUAUAUAUAUUCUCACGCUCAUGGGUAGGCCUACAAACUGUUGGAAGUCAGUAUUUGUCGUUAACAAAACAUUAUAUAUUUUUUUUAUUGCCCAGGUGUGGCAAAAGGUCCAAUAAAAAAAGUUAUAUAAUUCACAACUAUAAAAUAUUGACCACACUGCGUGAAUUAUUAGGCUGGCCAACCUCCCAAAUGUUAUCUUCUCAACAGGUAGACCCAAGGAAAUGUGGUUGUUUCACUCACCUUGAUAAGGUAAGGUGGGCAUAGAUCCGCGGCCUGAGACCAACUAGAGGACCCGUCCUCUCUUCCUGGGCUCGGACUUGGCGCUUUACUCAGACUUUGCCAGCUCUAAACUUUAUUAGUCUGGUUCUGGCUCUCUGACAUUUGGUGGCUAAAUGAAUGGAGGUUUGUCAAUGAAUUAGAUCGUAAAAUCAUCCAGAGCGCGACCAGAUAGGCUCGCUGGCCAUAAGCGGUCACGUGGUGGCCAUUAAAGUAAGUUUUAUGGUUUUGGGGAGUUGACAGUAUAUUGCACAUAACAUAUAAUCGCCCUGACGCGAGGCUUCGUCUUUUACUCUCUCCUUGCAGGC